GGGGGGGGGGGCGGGGCGGGGCCGGGCUGCAGUGGGAGCCGCCAUGUCGGGCCUGUGGAUCUGGAGCAAGUCCUCGCUAAGCCUUGUGAAGACAUUCAGAGGUUAUGGGUCUGUGCAAUGUUACUGUGCCUAUCAUGGACAAACCAACCGCAAGUAUGUUCCUCGCAGGGCAGUCCUUUAUGUACCAGGAAACGAUGAACGGAAAAUGCGCAAGAUUACCAGCCUCCAUGUAGACUGUGCAGUCCUUGACUGUGAAGAUGGAGUUGCGUUAACUAAAAAGGAAGAUGCAAGGCUGACCAUUCCAAAAAUGCUGGAAGAGCUUCACAUAGGUCGCACAGAGAAAUGUGUCCGAAUCAACUCUGUGUCGAGUGGCCUUGCUGACUUAGACAUGGAAGUAAUUUUAAAAUCGAAGGUCCUUCCUCCGACCCUGAUGCUCCCUAAAGUUGAAAAUACUGAAGAAAUAAAAUGGUUUGCAGAUAAAUUUGCAAGUUACUUCAAGGGUCAGACGUUACAGGAGCCUAUGAAUUUAAUCACUUUUGUGGAGACAGCAGUGGGAUUGCUGAAUUUCAAGGCUGUAUGUGAAGAAGCAUUGCGUCUCGGAGCACAAGCUGGCUUCCAACUUGAUGGAGUGGUGUUUGGUUCAGAUGAUUUCUGUGCCAGCAUAGGUGCCACAAGAACUAAAGAUGCCCAGGAAAUGCUUUACGCGAGGCAGAAAGUUCUUGUUACAGCUAAGGCUUUUGGUCUCCAAGCAAUAGACCUUGUGUAUAUCGACUAUAAGGAUGAAGAGGGACUUUACAGGCAGUCGAGAGAGGGCGCCUUGAUGGGUUUCACUGGUAAACAAGUGAUUCACCCUAGUCAAAUUCCAAUUGUACAGAAUGCAUUUUUUCCCAGUCCUGAGAGGGUCAAAUGGGCUCAGGAACUGAUAAGAGCAUUCAACGAACAUCAGAAACUGGGGAAGGGUGCCUUUACGUUUCAAGGAAGUAUGAUCGACAUGCCAUCUCUGAAGCAGGCGCAAAAUAUCAUUACGCUGGCUACAGCCAUCGAAGAAAUGUGAGCUCGAAAGGAGAAAGCCUCAAUCAUAGAUCAAUGCUUGAUGCAGUGGUCAGCAAAAAAUGGAGACACAGACCAGCUGCUUGUGGAAAUUUUAUGGAGGUCACUGCAUCACUGUAUACUUUAAUAAUGUGAUUCUGCGAGGCCGUGCCACUGUAAUUUAGAAAAAAAAACAUUUUGUGUCGUUUUUUGGGAUGAUACAGUAAUGUGAGAUUGUCUAGACCAAACUCCCCUACCGAGUACCAACAGUUGUGCAUAUCUAGCCCUCCAGUAACUCCAUACUUUAUAGUUCGGGACACUGAUAGAUGCAGAGCUGUGGUAAUUUUUCCAGUGUAACGAUUAGAAGCACAGUACAGCAGAACUUCUUUGGAUGGACCCCUGUCAGGUUUUGCAUCACAUUAAAACACUGCUGCAGGUCAGAUGUGCUAUCUGGUUAAUAGGCUGAGAAAAGCUGUGUUACAGAGGUUAGCUCAGCUUGUAGAAGGGUAAAUAAACACAACAAUCCACUAUUGUUCCACAUUCUGCAGAAAUCCUGCACCAAGGUUUGAGAGCUGCAAAGGAAUCAAUUUGCAGUUACCAAAGAACUCAAAUCAAACUUCCAUUCCUGACUGAUAUAACAUUUAUCAUUCAGAAAGCAAGUGAUUAAUGUGAAUUAAAUAGAAAAAUAUUUGAAACUGCCCCAAGGCCUACACAGUAGCAUUUUUGAUUUUUCUCCCCCUCCUGAUAUACAGAGAGCAAUCAAUAGCUAUUUAAUAUUCAUUCCAAAAAAUAUUUAGAAAGGGAAUGAUAAUUGUUAUGAAGCACAAAUAGACAUGUGCCUUUGAUUUUUGCUCAUUUUCCAAUGAUCUGUGAAAUGUAAAAAAGACCCAGAUCUAAUCUUAUUAUGCUAGCUUAAUGUCAUAUUGCAGUUUAAAAAUUGGAUCAAAAUACAUAAUUCUUCAGGGAAAGAUUUUUUUGUUUUCAGAUUGUGAUCAACACUAAGCAGCUGCAGCUUAUUUUAGGCCUACUCUUACUGUGCCCAUGUUUUAUUCCCCAUAUUGUAUUGUACCUUUUCAAAUGUUCUAUCAUUGCAUCUUUCUGAAGUAAAUCAAGCAGUGUUGCUUUCAGCAAUUAAACAAUGGCAUGUUCCUUAGAUGUUCAGCGACUCAGAGUACCAUCUGAAAUAUGAACGCCAUUUGCAUCCUCAUACAAUGAACAAUGCUUUGGGAUUUAUUUUUACAUUACUAGACACCAAAGUUCUGUUGAAGCAAACCGUAAGUGCAGCCCAAAACCUUUUCUGCAAAUCAAAACUGCAAUAUGGGUUUAGAAUUACACUUGCGGCUCCAAUGCUCUGGAAGUCCUGUAGCGUUCAAAGUGCCAAUGGAACUGCUGAGUGUUCUAUCUUUGUCACUUGGCACUGUAAAUAAUGUAGAACAGGUGUUACUUCACUGAACUAAGCAAAAUAAGGUGGAAUAUGCAAUCAACGUUACAUUGAAAGUAUCUAUUUGCUUCCAACAGUCCAAUUACUCCCAUUGUUUCCUGAUUGUAUGGCUUCUAAAGUUCUUUUCUUUUCAAUAGUGACUUAAUUUUACACUGAAUAGAAUAAAUCUUUUAUUUGGGGUGGGGGGUGAUAUGUUUUCAGCAAGAGAAAAAUGUAUCCUGCCCUCCCAUGAAAAAAAUUAGCAGGCUAUAACGUGCUCCAUUUUAACUCCACUGCAAAUUUAUAAAAUGCAUUCAUUCUUCAAUGAAUAUUGGUCAGGAUUGUGUUAUGAAAUCCUGAAGCAAGCCAGUCUACUGAGAUUCUCAAUUUACGUUAUGCUUUAUCUUCUCUUGGUGAUGACAGAACAACGUUCAUCGAUGAGCACAGCUCACUUCUGGUCCCUAACUAGAACUAGAAAACAGCAGUAUUGGAACAAAGUACACGAAUAUAACUGUGUUCAGACAAUAGUCCAAUAAUUGGAUAAAGGUGUCACCAAAUUUACUUCUAAGCCAGAUGGAUCAAAAGGGCUUGGGUUUGAUCUCCCUAUCUUGCAUUGAAUUAGCUGAUCUAACCAUUGCAGCAGUUGGGGUGCUGCAAUUAGUCUUAGAACCCCUGGGCUAGGGGAGAGAAUAAUCAGUGAAGGUUUUCCACUUGUGGUUACAAUUCAGUUGCCUUUGCAUGAAAAUGUGUAAAUUUCAGGGUUUAUUGACAAUCCUUUACGUGGAUUCUGGUGAAAACAGAAUUGGUUCUGACAAUGAAGUCUCUAUGGUCAAAUAACCUUCUGAUCAGAUUCAUGGAUGAGGUAUGAGUAUGCAGAUUUUAGCCAUGAAAUUGUAUCUCAGCAAGAGUGUCUUCAGACAAAGAGGAGAGAAUAUAAAUGUGUGUAACCAUGUAAAGUGACGAAGAUGUUUUUGGUAGUUUAUGUGUCUCACUCUUAUUUGCUCAUAUUCAAAUAAAAAUAAAUUGGCUCCUUUUUAUUUGAUAAGAGAUUUCAAACUAUGACAUGAAAGUUCAUCAGAAUGUAUCACAAAAUUAACUCAUUUAAUCACAAACACACACAAAUUGCCUUGAAAUCUAUUUUGGACCCCAAAUUAUACACAAUGUUAUUUAUUGCUUUCCCCUAACCUUUUGACUUAGUGUUACACAUAAUUGUUUUACAGGACUCUAACACUGCACCCUCAUAAGUAUUCGCUUGUCAAAUGCAUUAAUGUGAUCAUGAAUUAGUAAAUGUAGGACAGAGUGAGUGAUUAAUUUAAUUCAAUAUUGAAAACAGAUCUACCAUAUUUUGCCAUUUGUAUAUUUCAUAUAAAGAGUACAAGACUUUUUUCAAUUGGAAGAAUGUUUGUUGCCUUUAAGAAUCAAAUAUUACACACAACAAUAAAAGUUCAAAUAAAAAAUAAAAUAUUUAUUUAGAAGUUUGACAAAUUAAUCUAUGAAUGUGUCAAUAAUAAAAUAGUACUUAAGUUCCAAGUGCAGCAUACUACCCAAAAAAAACCUUUAAGACCUAAUAAAAUUUACAUUUUUUUUUGCAUAAUAUUUUCAUUCAUCUCAACAGGGCUCAUGGGGGCAAAGAUUGUUUUAUUCUGUUAAUUUGUGCCUGGGGGUUCCCCAGCCAAUGUCUUCAUUGUUUUAGGGUCUUUUAUUACAGUCUUUGACAACAUCAUUUUCUCAACAAGAGAGAAUUUUCCCAAUUAAAUAAAUUGUUUUGUUUAAAUUAAAA